GUUAACGAGUUAAAAUGGUGUCACGAAACCCGUAUGUAUUUCAUUGGUCUCGAAACACGACAGUCGUUAGUAACAGUUACCCUUUGGAAAAGAAGACAGCAGUGGAAUUAGCCAGAUCGCUUUAUCGCCAAUAAAUUAUACCUGUUUGGUGUUGACGUUGCCACGAAUUUUUAUCGAGACGUAUGUUUGCUAAAUUAAUCGCGUUAUCAAAUCAUGUAACCGCGCGCCAACUUCAUUAUCUUAGCGAGAAUUAGAAAAAAAUGCCUGUCUGCGGUGACGAAGUGGCUAAACGUGAACCGAAAACGUGCUCGUUGUAAGUCGGUGGAGCGCGAAUCGAUAGACCCAAGUCAUCCUUGAAUCGUUCCUGCAACGCGUUCUGAAUCGAAUAAAAAGUACACGAUACUGUUCCGCCCAACACAGUAACCGCCGAUGCGUAUUCCUGUUGAGGAUCUCGCAUCCACCGUUCACCGGGAAGCCCGCAACCAUGGCGCGUUACGCUGAGGACGUAUAUUACGAAUUCGCUAUUAACCUGGCUGACGACGCCGCUCAAAUCCUCAAAACAGCCAUCAAUGGUUUAAAGAAAGUCGACGAAAAACUAGGCAACUGGGACUUCGUAACAGAGUAUGAUCGUAAGAUAGAGGACAUUAUCAUAGGCAACCUCAAAACGAAGUUUCCAAAUCAUAGAUUUAUAGGCGAAGAAUCAACUGGAAAGGAACUUCCGGAAUUGACGGAUGAUCCUACGUGGAUCAUAGACCCUAUCGACGGUACCACCAACUUCAUUCACGGUUUUCCGCAUACUUGCGUGGUGAUCGGUUUAGCAAUUAAGAAGGAAAUGGUGAUUGGUAUCGUUUACAAUCCUAUUCUCGAGCAAAAAUUCACGGCGAGGAAAGGACGGGGUGCAUUUUUGAACGGAAAGCCCAUAAAGGUUUCGGAAGUUCAAGAUUUGUCGAAAGCUUUAGUUUGCAUAGAAAGUGGUUUCAUAAAAGUGGACCACUUAAAAGAAAAGACUAUCGAAAGAUUACAAGCAAUUGUCUUGGAAGCACAGGGGAUUCGUACGCUUGGUGUGGCGGCAUUAACUUUGUGUUACGUCGCGCUGGGAAUCGUAGAAGCUUAUUAUAUCGAAGGGCCAGGAAUCUCAACGUGGGACAUAGCCGCAGCGACAUUAAUAAUUUCAGAAGCGGGCGGUGUCGUCCUCGAUCGUGUAACAGGAGAGAAGAUCGACAUUAUGGUACCCCGUGCAAUUGGAGCAUGUAAUCAAAACAUUGCAAGGGAAAUCGUCAGAAUUAUUCACGAAGCUGACCAAAGAGUAGAAAAGAGAAAUAAAUAAUCCAUGUUCGAUAUUGCCAUUAGAAUUAAAAUUAAACAAAACAUUUCGUUCCUACCAGUAGUAUUACGUUAUAACGUUACUCGUCUUAAAAUCUUCUAUUCGCCGAAAGAAAAAAAGUGUUGAAAAUUUACUAUACAUUAUGAUCCAACGUUUUAGAUUAAAGUUUACACCCUGUAUAAGUUGAACUACGCAGAUUAGAAAAUGUAAAAGGUUCCUGUAUUUGAAAUAAAAAAAACAUUCGAUAAAAUUGUGUCUCGUUUUUUUAUCUCAUCGCAUACCGAUGACGAAAUAACACGUCAUAAAGAUUCGAGUACCAAUGACAUGGAAUGUAGAGAAAAAUAACAACGAAUCAUCUAGGUAUGAUUCAGUGGGUGAAACUCCUGAGAUUUCGUUCUUUCAUUGAACCAUGUG